CGCGCUUGAACGCAGCUUCGACCUUGUCCAUGCCUGGCAGCUGAGCCUGACCAUUGAUGUUUUUAUGGAGAUCCCCGAAGCGCGGGGAAUGGGGAGGUCUGGCCCUCGAAGGCGGACAGGCUGCUUGACCUGUCGAGCGCGUAAAGUACGCUGUCCUGAGGAGAAGCCGACGUGCGCCAACUGUUCUCGCCUGCGUCUACGAUGUGUUUACAAAUCGUCGCCCAAUGCCGGGGGUGGUGUUUCGUCUCGCCGGCGAGCUGAGAAGCAGCUACCGACUCUCUCACCGACUCGGAGUGCCUCGGCCCCCCGAUCGGAUUUCAACUUCUUCAGCACCGUGCUUCGCUCAGACGACCAGCAGCUGCCUGUGGCAUCGUUGCAACCGUUCAACGAGCAGACCGGUGCCUAUGCGCCGGACUUUUCUGGCCCUUUCGACAUGCUAGGCUUUAUUGGCGAGAUCACCUCCGAGUUACAACAGAAACACCUUGACUUGACGAACGGGCUGUCGGAAUUCACAAGCCCAUUUAUAGUCCCCGGAAAUCUCGGUUCGGAUGUCCGGUUUGAGGAGCCACAAAGCACCUUGAGUCCCGAUGUAGAUUCGUCGCUGGUCGGUGUUAUAGGAAAUCCUCACUCCGAGGGCGGGGAUACAGAUCAAUCGACGGCCAGCUGGCCAGAGACAAAAGCACCGUACGAGGAGCAGUUGUUGUCGCAAUUUGUGACCAGUGAACCGCCCCCGACGAUUUUUGGGCCUGUGGAUACCGAAUGGACGUUUGUCAGGCAGGCGAUCCUGGCUCUCUCUAAGGAGUUUUCACCUUUACUCAACGCUAUUUACUGUUUCUGCGAUAUCAGGAAUGCAACGAGAGAGGGAAGCAAAUGGAGAUGGGCACCCUCAUAUUAUCGGCGAGCAAGUACGGAGAUCCAGUCGUGUAUCAUCGGCGAGGUAGCCGAUUCCACGUUGAAACGAGUCUUUGCUACGGUACUCUUGCUCAUGUUUUCAGAACUCCUGUCUAGCCCAGAACUAUGCCGCCCUGGAACGUCUUAUUUCCAUUCCUCUUAUCUUCUCUUACAACGAUUUCAUAACCGGACCAAGUCAUGGACAGGAUUCGGUCAUCUUUUGAUCUCUUGGAUCUCUUUAUUGGACGUCAAAUCCCUCAUUGCUGGCCGUGAUGGGGACGUGCUUCUUGAAAUUGGUGCUCUACCCGACCCUCCGGCCAUGCAUCGGGAGAUCAGCAUAUCAAAGCCGGACAGCAUGGCCAGGUUAACAGCGGCCGAGAAGGAAACAGCCGAGAUCUUCUCAAGUCCCAACUAUCUCGUUUAUGAAGCUAUUGUCAGUCCCGUGUUUCGAUUUUUUGUAAACGCGCAACAGGUCAUCCGACGCAUUAUUUGCAUCGACAUCCAUCAUCGCAGCCGGGGUACCCUCAGUGACGAGUUCGAAGUGCUCCAGAUCGCACACAAAGUUGGCGCCGACCUCGAAGCGCUCUGGAACUCCCGCCCCCCCGUCAUGGACGUCUACGACCGCCCGAACGAGCUGUUCUCAACACUCAACCAGGCUGUGGCUGUUGACAUCUCCCGAAUGUUCCGUCAGUAUGUCGCUAACUUUCUGGCGAAUUUUAUUUACCUCCAUCGUGUGGCUUUUGCAAUCUAUCCACGGACGGACCGCGUGAAUGGAGCGGUGGACAAAAUCAUCCAGCUCGCGACGGUGGAGGCGACUGGUGUCUCGAGCCUACCAAUCAGUUUCCUCUGGCCACUCUUCAUUGCCGGGCUGGAGGGCUCGCUUGAGCAGCGGCAUUGGGUGCUGCAGGCGAUGCAGAAGAUGGCCGACCCCAGCAAGGAUGUUCUACAGCGCCAUCCCAACGCAGAAAAGGUGCUCUUGUUGCUGGAGGAGAUGACGCGGCGGCAAGACGCUACCCGGACUUGGGCAGACUCGAAAUGUGUUCGGAGGGAGCUUUUCACGGACUCAUUCAUUAUAAUAUGAUUUUUUUUCUCUUUUUUUUUUUUUUUCAACUACGUGAUAAG